ACCCCCCUCCACUCAUCAACCAACACUUCUCCCUUCGCUCUCUAAACUCCUACUCCACUUUCUCUCUCUAAAAUCCUGAACCCUGCUAUCCUAACCACUCUGUGCUGUGCUGUUUCAAGUGGGAUUUUCAAGAACAAAUCGAUUAAGAAGAUGACUGUUGAGAAAGAAGACUUGGGUUUGAGUCUGAGCUUGAGCUUUCCUGAGAAUCGAAGCUCACUACAGUUGAAUCUCAUGCCGCCUUCUUCUACUUUUCCCUCCGCACCUUUCAAUCCUCAGAAGAUGACUUCAUGGAACGAUAAUUUUCCUUCCUUCGAUCGAAGCUCGGAGACUUGCAGAGUCGAGACGAGAUCGUUGCUGAUAGGAAUCGACGUGAAUCGAGUUCCUUCGACGAUCGAUUGCGAGGAAGAAGCUGGAGUUUCGUCUCCGAACAGCACGAUCUCGAGUAUCAGCGGGAAGAGAAGCGAGAGAGAGGAGCCCAACGGAGACGAUCUCGAUCUCGAUCUCGAUCUCGAGAGAGCUUCAUCUCGAGGAAUCAGCGACGAAGAAGACGGUGAUACCUCUAGGAAGAAGCUUCGUCUCUCCAAAGACCAGUCGAUGAUUCUCGAAGAAAGCUUUAAAGUUCACAACACUCUCAAUCCGAAGCAAAAGCUGGCUUUGGCUAAACGGCUUGGGCUCAGACCUCGUCAGGUGGAGGUGUGGUUCCAGAACAGGAGGGCUAGGACAAAGUUGAAGCAGACUGAGGUUGACUGUGAGUUCUUGAAGAGGUGUUGUGAGAACUUGACGGAGGAGAACCGGAGGCUACAGAAGGAAGUUCAGGAGCUGAGGGCAUUAAAAUUGUCCCCACAGUUCUACAUGCAAAUGACCCCACCCACCACCCUCACCAUGUGCCCUUCAUGUGAGCGUGUCGCGGUCCCACCAUCCUCUGCCCCAUCACCACCCAUCGACCACCGAUCCCGCCAAAUGGGUUCCACCCACCAACGCCCCGUCCCCAUCAAUCCAUGGGUCACCACGACUGCGACCACAACCAACCCCAUCCCACACCGCCCGUUGUUCGACGCUCUCCACCCUCGAUCGUAAUAACCCCACGGGUCCGUGGGCAUAAUUGUCAAUUCAAUAUUCUCAUCCUAAUUUUGCCAUACCUUGUGGAAUGUGAAUGAAGAAAUGGAAGAAUUGAAGCAAUAGGUUUUCUAGAUGGGUGUGUAUCUAUGAGGGGUCUAAGAUAUUUUGUUGUUGGGAAUGUGAUUUUGUGGGUCUCAAAAUGUUUUGUUUCAUUGACCCAUCUACUUCAUGGCAGAGAAAUUUCUCUGUUUUAAAACAGAGAAAUUGUCAAUUUUAGUCCUUAGUACUAAUUUUUCUUUUUCUUUUUUAAUUUUCCGUUUGUUCUAAGAAGACAGAAGAAACAAACAAAAAUUAAAAUAAAAAUACUUGGGAUGGUAGUUUUUUUUCUUUUUUCUUUCUUUCUUUCUUUCUUUGUACAUCAAACAUCGUUGUAGUCUGAGAAGAGAGUCUAGUCUAAAGAGGUUGGUUUGGAUGUAUUGUAAAGUGCUCGGUUUAAUUAUAUUCUACUAAUUAAGGCGGUUGUUAUAAAUUUUAAAUUAAUGAUUAUAUCUACUAUGAUUUUGCCAAGGAA